CUUUUCCUCAACAAUGGCGGUAGUAGCCCGUAGUAGCCAGACCUCGGCCACCGCACCGGCCGAGAUGAGGCGCCGCCACCUCCCGCCAGUCAUGUUCCUCGCCGUGCUCUUGCUAGUGUCCCUCUCCUUCUGCCGCCACCUGCUUCUCCCGUCCCAGUCCCAACCCCCCUACACCGAUGACGACGACGCGCUCCUCCGCCGGCUAUCGGCCAUCGACGUCGGCGGCGACCAGAUUGUUGCCGACGCCGCCGCGAUGUUGUCCCACGCCUCGAUAUCCUCCUCCCCUAGCCAUGACAACCACCGCCACCUCCUCCUCCACCUCCGCCGCCUCCCUUACUCCACCACCGGCCCCAUGCUCCGCCUCCGCGUCCCAAACGACACGCUCCCGACCGACGGCUCCCUCCUCGCCGGCUUCCGCGCCUCGCUCCGCGCCUUCCUGCGCGCGCACAAGCACCGCCGUCGAGGCUCCAACAACGUCGCCGCCGUCAUGGGCGACGUCCCCGGCCACCUCGGCCUUGUCCGGCGCUUCCACACCUGCGCCGUCGUCGGGAACAGCGGCAUCCUCCUGGGCGCCGGCCGGGGCGCUCAGAUCGACGCGCACGACUUCGUCAUCCGCCUCAACAACGCCCCCGUCGCGGGCCACGCGCGCGACGUCGGCGCCAGGACGUCGCUCACCGUGGCGCACUCCUUCGUGCUCCACCGCUGCGCCGCGCCGUCGGCGGCCACCACCCCGGGCUGCGACUGCCACCCGAACGGCCGCGCGGCGCCGCUGGCGAUGUACGUCAGCAGGCCCGAGCACCUCCUGUACGUGCUCGCCUGCAACGCCACGGCCACGCCGGCGGCGCCGUUCCGGCUGGUCCUCACCGACGCGCGCCUCGACGCGCUGUGCGCGCGCGUCGCCAAGUACUACUCGCUGCGGCGGUUCGUGGCGGAGUCGGGGUCGCCGGCGAGCGGAUGGGCGCGGCGGCGCGACGGGAGGGACCCCUACUUCCACUACUCGACGGGGCUGCAGGCGGUGGUGACCGCGCUCGGGGUGUGCGACCGGGUGUCCAUGUUCGGGUUCGGGAGGGCGGCGGGGGUGAAGCACCACUACCACACCAACCGGAGCAAGGAGACGGAGGUGCAUGACUACGAGGCCGAGUACCAGUUCUAUGGCGACCUCCAGGCGCGGCCGGAGGCGGUGCCGUUCCUCGGCGAGGCGCCGGGUUUCGUGUUGCCGCCGGUGAAGCUCUACUGGUGACGUCGGCGUCGUCACGUUGGGCAUGCAGUUUGGUUUGGCUUUAUGCGACUUGUUGGACACUUGGUGCGCCCUGAUGUCUAGCAACCAUAACGCUUGGAAUGCUGUUAAUAAUCUCAAGAGCUACU